AUGAAUCUGCCUCCAGACAAGGUGAAGAUCCUCUGUCAAUAUGACAACGAGAAGAAGUGGGAACUGGUCUGUGAUCAGGAACGAUUCCAAGUGAAGAAUCCUCCCUCUGCUUACUUGCUGAAGCUCAAAAGUUAUCUUGACCAGGGAGGGGUCAGUCGCAAGUUCAAGAGGCGUGUCCAGGAGUCCACACAGGUCUUAAGAGAGCUGGAGAUUUCCCUGAGGACCAAUCAUAUCGGCUGGGCUCAGGAGUUUCUCAGUGAGGAGAACAGAGGUCUGGACGUCCUGGUUGACUACCUGUCCUUCGCCCAAUGUGCCGUCACCUAUGACAUGGAAAGUUUGGACAAUGGGACUUCCACACCAGACAGAUCGGUGGAGGACUUGACGAGGAGUGCCAGUAACUCUCCAACCCAUGGUGGUUCUAAAGCUGCUCGUGCCCUUACUGUGAGGAAAGCGCUGAGGAAGUCACGCCUUGUCAGUCAGAAAGACGACGUUCACCUCUGCAUCAUGUGUCUACGUGCCAUCAUGAACUACCAGUCUGGGUUUAACCCGGUGAUGACCCACCCAUGCUGUGUGAACGAGAUCACGCUCAGCCUCAACAACAGGAACCCCAGGACCAAGGCCCUGGUGCUGGAGCUGCUGGCUGCCGUGUGUCUAGUGAGGGGGGGUCAUGACAUCAUCCUCUCCGCCUUCGACAACUUCAAAGAGGUAUGUGGAGAGAAGAGCCGCUUUGAGAAGCUCAUGGAGUAUUUCUGCAAUGAAGAAAGCAACAUUGACUUUAUGGUGGCGUGCAUGCAGUUCAUCAACAUUGUGGUCCACUCAGUGGAGAACAUGAACUUUAGGGUCCAUCUGCAGUAUGAGUUUACCCACCAUGGCCUGGAUGACUAUCUAGAGAGGUUAAAGUUCACGGAGAGUGACCGGCUGCUGGUGCAGAUCCAGGCCUACCUAGACAACGUGUUUGAUGUGGGUGCUCUGCUGGAGGAUGCAGAGACCAAGAACGCCCUGUUGGAACACAUGGAGGAGCUGCAGGAGCACAAUGCACAGAUAAGCAGCAGACUGGAAGAGAGUGAGAGAGAGACGUUGGAGAAAGUGUCUGAGCUGGAGAAACAACUCAUCCAGACCACCAAAGAGGUGGAGCUCCUAAAGGAGAGUCUGCGUGAGUCCUGUGCCCAGGUGACCAUUCUACAACAGCGGGAGAUAGAGAGAGAGAUAGAACGAGAGAGGGAAAAAGAGCGGGCGAGGGAUAGAGAUCGUUCGGCUCAGGCCUUAGUGGAGCUGGAGGAGAAAGUUCAGGGGCUUGUGUGCCAGGGGCUGAUUCGAAUGGAGCGCACGUCCUCGGGACACCUGGACCUCCAUGUAGUCCCUGUCAUCCCUCCUGUUUCCAUCCCUGCAAAAACAGAGGCCACAGCACAAGCCCCUCCUCCUCCCCCUACAUGCUCGACUGCACCACCUCCUCCGCCCCCACCUCCUUCAGGGGGCGGUAUGCCCCCACCACCUCCGGGCGGUGGAAUGCCCCCACCAUUUGGGGGUAUGCCUGAUGGACACACUGGUAACAGAAACAAGAAGCCCAUUCAGACUAAGUACCGUAUGCCUUCACUCAACUGGCAGGCCCUUAAACCCAACCAGGUGUCUGGAACCGUCUUCAAUGAGCUGGAUGAUGAGCUCGUGUUGGGGGAGCUAAACAUGGAUGCCUUUGAGGAGCAGUUUAAGACCAAGGCCCAGACUGACCCGGCUGACGUGGGGACCCUGAGAGCAAAGGUGGCCCAGAAGACCCCCAGCAAAGUGUCCCUACUGGAGCCCAACAGAGCCAAGAACCUGGCCAUCACCCUGCGCAAGGGAGGCAUGGCCGCCUCAGACAUCUGUACUUCCAUAGAGACGUAUAACCAGGAAGCGCUGAGCCUGGACUUCCUGGAGCUACUGGAGCGUUUCAUCCCCUCAGAGUACGAAGUCAAGCUCAUCCAGAACUACGAGCGAGACGGGAGGCCCCUGGACGAGCUCCCCGAGGAGGACCGCUUUAUGGUACGCUUUGGCAAGAUACCCCGCCUGCCCCAGCGCAUCAGUACGCUCACCUUCAUGGGCAACUUCCCAGAGAGCAUCCAUCUCAUCCAGCCGCAACUCAAUGCAAUCAUCGCUGCCUCAAUGUCAAUCAAGUCCUCUAGCAAGCUGAAGAAGAUCCUUGAGAUCAUCCUAGCCUUUGGAAACUACAUGAACAGCAGUAAGAGAGGCGCAGCCUACGGGUUCCGCCUGCAGAGUCUCGACUUGCUGUUAGACACCAAGUCCACAGACCGGAGACAGACUCUGCUUCACUUCAUAGUGAACAUCAUCCAGGAGAAAUACCCCGAGCUCCAAGCCUUCCACGGCGAGCUGUACUUCUUGGACAAGGCUGCUCUGGUGUCCCUGGACAGCAUUCUACAGGACCUGCGUGCCCUGCAGAGGGGCAUGCAGGUGACCCGGAAGGAGUUUGCCAUACAUGAAGACAACUCUGUGUUGCAGGAGUUCCUCACCAGCAACAAUGACCUGCUGGACUCUGUAGUAGGAGAUGGCAAGACAGCCCAGGAUGUGUAUGAAUCAGCGGUGGAGUACUUUGGAGAGAACCCUAAAACCACACCUCCCUCCAUGUUCUUCCCCGUCUUUGUUAGGUUCAUCAAGGCCUAUAAGCUAGCAGAGCAGGAGAAUGAGCAGAGGAAAAAGCAGGAUGUGCUGUCCAGCGAAUGGAAAACUGGGCCACUGUCAACCUCGCCUAAGCCUGAAAUAUCCCAGAAGCAGGUACCCAUGAUGCCCCAGAUGGAUCUGAUAGCGGAGCUGAAGAGGCGGCAGGUGACCCCCCUGGUUCGGGAGGGCAAGGAUGGAGCCAUCGAGGACAUCAUCACAGCUCUAAAGGCUGUGCCCUUCACGGCUCGCUCUGGCAAGCACACCUCUCGCCUCUUCUGCGACUCUGGCUUCAGUGAUGACAGCCCUACAUAG